AUGAUUAACAUAAUACAGAAUCAGAUAGGUCAAUUAUCAUCCACGAUUGGAUUAGAUGAAGCAAGUCUCAAGAUUUUAUUAUGUACAUUGUUAUCAUUCCCAUUCAGUAUAAUUUUCAAAAGAUUACCAGAUCAAAAUUAUUUAUUAAAAAAUUUAUAUAAUGUUGCUGUUUCUGCUUUUUACGUAUUUGGUAUAUGUGAUUUACGUGGUGGAUUUUUAACUUUAUUAAUUUCAAGUCUUGGUUCAUAUUUCAUAACAAGAUAUCUUAGAACAAAAUCAAUGCCAUGGGUUAAUUUCUUAUUCCUAAUGACUCACAUGGCAUAUUCUCAUUUCCAUUUACAAUUCUUUGCUGAAUAUGAUCCUACUGUCAUUGAUAUUACUGGUGCUCAAAUGAUUUUAGUUAUGAAAUUAUCUGCAUUUGGAUGGAAUAUAUAUGAUGGAAAACAAAAAAGGGAGAGUUUAAGUGAUUAUAAUAAAUCAAGAGCAAUUUAUAAACAUCCUAAUAUUUUACCUUACAUUGGUUAUGUCUUUUUUUAUGCUUCAUUGUUGACUGGUCCUGCUUUUGAUUAUAUCGAUUAUGAUAAAUUUAUUCAUUCUACUUUAUUUGAUGACUUACCGGAAGAUAAAAGACCAGGAAAGAAACGUAAAAGAAAAAUACCAAGAAGUGGAGUACAAGCUUUUAAAAAAGUAUGUUCGGGUUUCUUUUGGGCAUUUUUAUUAUUCCAAUUACCAAAAUAUGUCACUAUUGAUUACAUGUUUAGUGAGAAAUUUACAACACAACAUAAUUUGAUUUAUAGAAUUUUUUAUAUGUGGAUACUUGGUUUCUUUUAUAGGUUGAAAUAUUAUGCUAUUUGGACAAUUGCUGAAGGUGCUUGUAUAUUAUGUGGUAUUGGGUAUAAUGGAUAUGAUGAAACAACAGGUGAAAUUAAAUGGAAUAGGGUUCAAAAUAUUGAUCCUUGGGCUUUUGAAAUGGGUCAAAAUGUACAUACUUGUUUAGAAGCAUGGAAUCAAAAUACAAAUAAAUGGUUAAAAUAUUAUGUUUAUUUAAGAGUUGCAAAACCAGGUAAAAAACCAGGAUUUAAAAGUACUAUGUUUACAUUUGCAACAAGUGCAUUUUGGCAUGGAACUAGACCAGGAUAUUAUUUGACAUUUAUAGUUGGUGCUUUAUUACAAACUGUUGGUAAAUUUUAUAGAAGAAAUUUUAGACCAAUGUUUUUAAAAGCUGAUGGAAAGACACCUAAAUCAAGUAAGAAAGUUUAUGAUUUUAUAUGCUGGAUAAAUACUCAAUUGGCAUUUGGAUUUUUUGUACAGCCUUUUGUUAUAUUAGAUUUUAAAAAAUCUUUGACUUGUUGGAAGACUGUUUAUUUUUGGUUAGUUUGGGUUAUUUUAAUAUCGUUUUCCAUAUUUGCUGGACCUUAUAAAAGACAAGUUUCUAAAUUCUUCCAAACUGAAAAGAAGAAGGAAGAUAAUAAGGAUAAGUUUAAACUUACUACUGAAGAAUCAGAUAUUGUAUAUCGUACAAUUCAUCAAAAAUUGGAAAAAGAUUAUGAUUCUCCUACUUUAGGAUUACCUCCAAUUGAUGUAUUACAAAAAAUAGAUAAAGAAGAAAUUGAUAAUGAUUUUAAAGAUUUAAGUAAAGCAUGGAAUAGUUUUAAAAAUAGAAGACAUUCAAUACAUGAUGAGGAUUUUGAAGGUUUAAAAGAUGCUUAUAAUAACUUUACAAAUGAGAUCAAUGAAAUAUUCAAAGUAAAGAAAGAUGAAUUAAAGGAGAAGAUAGAGAAGACAGAAUAA